UCGUGCACAUGAACUCUUCAUAUGGAGGUGAUGGACGUAGAUGGGAGCUUCUGAGGGCGAUGCACUGGCAACCCAGGGGUUAAGUCAGCAGGGGUGGGCAGGUUUUACUGGAGGCUGCUCGUCGGGACUUGACUCAGCAGGGUGAAACCCCUCCCAUACAGCUGUGUCACUGUGCGUGUGUCUGUGUGUGUGUGUGUCUGUAUGUCUGUGUGUGUGUGUGUGUGUGUGUGUGUGUGUGUGGGUGUGGGUGAGCACAUGGUUCCGCCUGCAGGUCAGCACUGAUAAAGGAAGGAAGCAAGCUGAUUUAAGCCAGUGACUGAGUGACUGACAGAGCGACUGAGUGACUGAACACACGACGUCUGAGGACGGUCCCACGGCACUCAGCGCAGAAUUUACAGCAACGCGGGGGCUGGCAGAACAGCACAGGGAGAGAGGAACAGUAGAGCGCAGGAAGCAGGAGCAGGAGCACAGGCAAGGAGGCGCAGUGGCACACAGGCACAGGGAGGAGCACGCCACAGCACAGGCGAGGAGGUGCGGCAGAGCAUUGCUUGGACUGUGAACCUGACACCAUAUACAUGGCAGAGAUCUAUUAUGGAGGACAAUUGCAUCAAUUUGUUGACGGUUACAAAGUGCACCGCAGCAAUUGGAUGCGCUAUGUCAACCCAGUCCGCUCACCGGCUGAACAGAAUCUGGUGGCGUGCCAGGAUGGGCGUGACAUCUUCUUCUACACGAUCCGGCCUGUGGACACGCAGCAGGAGCUGCUGGUGUGGUACCACCAGGAGUUCCUCCAGAGGCUGCAUAGGUCAGAGACCCAGGAAAGUCCUCAAAAACUGCUGGACACAGACCCCAGAAGCCCCGGCCACCAGAGACACGCAGAGCUGGUCCGGAGCCUGGACACGCUGGCUGGAGAGGAGGAGGAGGUGCUGCAGAGGGACACUCCCCCCGACACCCCAGACGAACAUCUCAUGGACAUCAGCCAGACUGAGAAGCAGCGGGCAGCCUGCAGACCAUCACCCCGCCCUGAGCAGCGAGAGCUUUCCCUGGCCACAGAGGCCUACGCUCCCCCACUGCCCCCCCACCAGCAUGGGCUGUAUGACCCCCACCAGGGCCUGCUGCCCCACCCCCUCUACUCUACCUCUACCUCCUUGACACGCCCCUACCCACUGCUCUCACCUUAUUCUGCCCAUUACCCACGCCUGCUACAGUAUUCCCCACCGCAUCCAGGGCUGCUGCCCCCUGCAGACUCCACAGUGUAUGGCAGCUGCCUGACCAGCAACUGCUUGCCCAUCUCUGCAGCAGCUUGCCCCGGCAUGCUGCCCAGCCCCUUGCCCUACCUCACCCCGCCACAUAGUGGCCUGAAAAAGCGGCCCCCUAAUAUGUCCCCUCCCAGGCCCCCCCCCAGCCCCCCCAAACCUCCUCGGCAACCCCCAUCUUUCUGUGCUGAUUCUGUGGACCACAGGCCAGCCACACCCGACGGCAGUUCCGGGUUAGGCCACCGAUCACUGCCAUACCCACUGAAGAAGCAGAAUGGCAAGAUCAAGUACGAGUGCAACGUCUGCAGCAAGACGUUUGGACAGCUGUCCAACCUCAAGGUGCACCUGCGUGUCCACAGUGGCGAAAGGCCCUUCCAGUGUCAUGUGUGCAAGAAGAGCUUCACUCAGCUGGCCCACCUGCAGAAGCACCACUUAGUUCACACAGGAGAGAAGCCACAUGAGUGUCAGGUGUGUCAUAAGCGUUUCAGCAGCACCAGCAACCUGAAGACACACCUGCGUCUGCACUUGGGAGAGAAGCCCUACCAGUGCAAGCUCUGCAGCACCAAGUUCACGCAGUACAUCCACCUGAAGCUGCACCGGCGGCUGCAUGACGGCCCAGAGCGACCCCACCGCUGCCCGCGCUGCCCCCUCACCUUCCUGCACCGCUUCUCCCUGGCCCUGCACCAGCGUGAUGGCUGCGGCGCCAACCUGCCCCCAGCUGUUGCAGAGCUCAUCGCCCGCUUUGACAGCAGCGCAGAGGCCGACAGCAUGCCUGAGAGUGCCGAUGCUGCCCUGGCCGAGGCUGCCCUGGGCCGCUGGCUCGCCCGGGAGAUGGAGCUCAAGGAGGACCAGGGCCUCCUUCAGCUACUGGGGCUCAAGCCAUGCCACCUAGGCCCCGCCCCAAGCCCCGCCCCAAGUCCUGCCACAAGUCCCGCCUCCAGUGUCGCCACCACAUACCAGGAGCGUGCUAGUGUGCUGCACCUGCGCAGCCAGCCACUGAUGAAGGCGGAGGUGGAGUGAGGACUUCCUGCAGACAUCCGCUUCGUCUCGUCCACACCUAGACUGCGAAUUUCGAGGGGGCAGGGGGGGGUCUUAGGGUCCCACACAGAGACACCAAAAUGAGGCUCCUCUUCUUUCCUCGUAACGUGGGCACCCUACAAUUGCACUUCCGGUCACCGCUGAUGACCAGGGCUGGCCCCUAAGGGAGCGACCGCAUCCACUCUUCUCUAGACACAUUUGUUCUUAUGCUGAUCAAUGUACGCGAAAGCAUCUAGGUGCCGAACUUUUGACAUUUUCUUAAGCUUUAUUAUGUAUUGGCACACAUGUGUCACCACUCAGGGUUAGCCAGGCCUUUUGGUUCCCCUCUGGGGAAUGACGGCACGCUUACAGACGACGGUUACUGCACUUCUGAAAGAAAAAAUCACCUGCAGAGGGAGAGAGAUGGCCUCUGUGCCCAGCUAAAGGUGCGUGUGACAUUGUGUGCGUGUGCGUGUGUGUGUGUGAGGCCAACAUUGCAGAAAGAGGAAGGAGCAGCAUGUUUGUUUUGGACGUGAGGGAGGACUUUCCUGGGAAAAUUCAGGCCUAUGUUCCUAUUUCACACACAAAGGCUUGAAUUCUUAUUUUGUUUUGUUUUUUAAUUCUUGUCUGUUUGAAAAAUCUCAGCGAAAGAUGCAAAAAGCAAUCAGAACUCUCACCCUUAGAAAAAGGAAGGGGAAAUCCAAGCAAUUUGCAUUUUUGUACCUGGUAGCUACUUUGCCGAGCAUAGACAUGGACUGGUCAGCACAAGCACAUACUGGUCAGCACAAGCACAUACUGGUCAGCACAAGCACAUACUGGUCAGCACAAGCCAGCAGUGCAAUGACCAGCAUCACCGCCUCUACAGCAGUAGUUCCUGUAGCGGCCUGAACAGACACUACCUUGUGGAGUGGGGGGGGCACUAUGCAAAACCCUUUUAUUUUAAAUUAAAACAGGGUAUGGAUGAAGGCGUGUUCUACAGCAACUUGUUUGUCUGUGUUUGUUUUUUGCAGACAUAUAUAUAGGAAUUCGACUUGUCUGUCCUUCACUGGCAUAGUAAUGGUUUCAGGUCCAUCGCUGUAGCGGAUUGGGAGAGCAGCAUCUGCGGACCCCAUUUGCUCACAAGCGAAGUUUUACGUACACAACAUUCACAGCAUGCCGACCAACCAAAAGCACAAAGGCUGAUGGGACCCACACAGCCCCCCCACCUGGGGCUCUCCCUAGGCAAUGCCCCCGCACACUGUAACAUCGACACCCCGCUAUACCAUACCUCUGGAAAUCUCAGGUUAAUUACGUACCAGUUUCAGUUUACGUGUUGUUCAGAUGAGUGGUUUGGACCUCAUGUAUGUGUCUAGUCAUAAUAGAUUCAUUUGCUAUUGUGUUUUAAGUCUCUUUUAUAACUGGAAAAAGCAGGGAAUUAAACUCUGUUACUGACUCAAGACAGGAUGCCAGCCAAGCCAUGUAACUGUAUUACAUGUAAAUGUAUUACUUAAUUGUCAUUAAGUAACUGUAUACUUUUUUGUACAUUAUGUCCUUAUCUGUUAAGUUUAUUUUUGCCUAGAACUUGAUACUUUGUAUAUGAGAAACUAUUUUCAUUUGAUAUUCAUAAAAUAUGUAGAUAAUAUUAAACCUCUUUUUAUUUUG